CUCAUCAUCAUCGCCAUCAUCAACUUCUCUCUCUUUCUCUCCGUUCUCUUCUCUUCUAAACCCAACCAUUUCUCUCCUCGUUGUGUUUUUCAUUUCGUUUAAAAAACCCAACAGCUAUAGCUUUUUUAAGCUUUAUCUUUAGCUUCCAUGGAGGGUAGUGUUUACUCUAAUCUUUACCACACUCCCCUAACCCUAACUCCUUAAACUGGCCAGAGCAGACUUUUCUAAUUGGUCUUGUUUAAUCUCCCCCACCUCCGGUUUUUUUUGCUUGUCUCGGUUUCUGAAACCUGUUAGAUGUUCGAGUGAUGGAGAUAGCGCCUUCCAUCACCACCACCGCCAGCACCAAGUCCCCGGAAGCCGACAGCGAUACACCGACCCGGAUCCAGCCGGCCAAGCCCAUCUCCUUCAGCAACGGCGUCCUCAAGCGGCACAAUCCUGCCCACCUCCACCACCACAACAGUAACAUCCCGGUCACUCCUGUAGUCGUCAGCUACAAAGAAUGCCUCAAGAACCACGCCGCCAGCUUGGGCGGCCACGCCCUCGACGGCUGUGGCGAGUUCAUGCCUUCCCCUACCGCCACCCCAGCUGACCCCACCUCGCUAAAAUGUGCAGCUUGUGGUUGCCACCGAAAUUUCCACCGCCGUGACCCGGAGGACAAUAUUCCGGCGGUGGCUCCCGCGACUCAUGUCAUCGAGUACCAGCCCCACCACCGCCACCACCCGCCGCCUCCACUCAUCGGCAACCGAAGCCCCAAUUCAGCUUCUCCGCCGCCGAUCUCCUCCUCCUACUACCCAUCAGCUCCCCACAUGCUGCUGGCCCUCUCCACGGGAGUGUCUGACAACCCGAACAACCACCACGGCGGUCAAAUUGUCUCCCCCGGCGGCGGCACAAAUGCGAGGAAGCGGUUCCGGACCAAGUUCAGCCAGAAACAGAAGGACAAGAUGUUCCAGUUUGCGGAACGAGUUGGGUGGAAGAUGCAGAAGCGCGACGAGGACAUAGUACAUGAGUUCUGCAACGAAAUCGGAGUCGACAAAGGAGUUCUCAAAGUGUGGAUGCACAACAACAAGAACACCUUUGCCAAGCGCGACGUCAUCAGCGGUAGUGGUGGCGCUGCUAACGGCAUUAGCCCCACCGCUACCGCUAGAAUUCCCGACAGUACUGGUCUGGAUCAGCACCAACUCCACAACAUGAUGAACGGUAACAACAACAAUAACAACAGCAAUGACGAGGAUGAUCAUCCCAACAACAACAGCAACAACGGUAACGGUGGUGGGAGUCUGAGCAACAUUCCGAACCCGAAUCACCACCACCACCAUCACUACCAGGUUGGCGGCAAUAAUCACCCGCACGGUGUCACUAACGGUGGGUCGUCAUCUUCUUCUUGAUCAUUUUCGAAGAAUAAUUAAUAAGGAGAGUACUUAAUUAGUGAAGAUCAUAGAGUAAGAGAAGCUAGCAGUACGUAUUAAUUAAGAGACCAGUUUCGUUUUUCGUUUCUUUCUCUUUCUCAUGCUGUUUAGUUUAAUCAAUGAGAUAAUCACUUAAUUUGCUGAUGCUGAGGAUGUUAUAACCUGGGGUGCAGCUAGAGUUUGGUUCAUCAUCCAACAAGGAAUUAAUCAAUUAAUUUGCAUAAUUUUCUUCUUCUUCUUAAUU